UGUAGUCGCCUCUUCCCAGCAUUGCAACUCGCAAAUACAUACAAAUGGCGUCUUUCCAGCCAGACCGAGUAGUUGGUUGUCUCCAGAGCGUGUAGAGCGAGGCUCGCCCACUUUGAAUUUUGCAAAGAAGAAUUACCACGGCAAACCCUGGUAAUUAUGUGGAUGUAACACUGAGACAACGAUGAUAGAGGAGCUCCAAAAAUGGACGUCGCCCAGUUGCUUCUAGGAAAUCAGAGGCAAAUAAUUUCUUCAGCUCUCUAGUUGCUCUGAUGCUCUGUAGCUGCUAGAUUUGAUGCUUGUUUUGCGCGCUAUUCAACUACCUGUUUUGUUGAACGAUGCAUUUCUAUUUUUUCUAUUUAACGUACCCCGAUUGAUAUCGUCUUUCAUCCGCAGUUUCCCAGUAUAUCGAAUUACUGUAUUCUGCCUUUGCUGGGCUUGAAUGCCAUGGAUAUAUUAAGUACAAUGUCAGUCACCAUACCCUGUGAUACUUUCUGUAUCCAGUUCUUGUAAUAUAUGCAUUUCUGCAAGUACAACAGAUCGCAUCAGUUCCUGCACUACAGUUAAAAUACGAUUUGGGAGAUAAUCUUAGUAAAACUCGAAAGAACCAUCCAUCAUUCAACGCUUUUUAAAGAUUUGGCAGCGUUUAAGUACGGACGGCGGAAUACACAAAAAAAAACCAGGUUAGGGUGAACACAAUGACUACUACAAGAUAUCGGCCAACGUUGGAUUUGGCUCUUGAGCCACUGCUGUCCUGUAAACUGUGUCUUGGAGAAUUCCCAUUGGAGCAAAUGACAACAAUCUCACAGUGUCAAUGCAUCUUCUGUACACUGUGCCUGAAACAGUAUGUGGAACUCCUGAUCAAAGAGGGCCUAGAAACCGCUAUUAGUUGCCCUGAUUCUGCCUGCCCAAAGCGAGGACAUUUACAAGAAAAUGAGAUUGAAUGCAUGGUUGCUGCAGAAAUUAUGCAAAGGUACAGAACGUUACAGUUUGAAAGGGAGGUGCUGUUGGAUCCAUGUCGGACGUGGUGCCCUUCCUCUUCCUGCCAGGCAGUGUGCCAGCUGAAGGAGACGGAGACGCCCCAACUGGUGCAGUGUGCCGCCUGCAGCCUAGAGUUCUGCUCUGCUUGUAAAGCCAGCUGGCACCCUGGGCAGAUGUGCCAGGAACACCUGCCCAUCCCAUCAUUUCUUCCAGGGGAGACCAGUUCCUUCUACAAGAAUGAUGAAGAUGAUGCACCUAUCAAGAGGUGUCCAAAAUGUAAAGUCUACAUUGAACGGGAUGAAGGCUGUGCCCAGAUGAUGUGCAAAAACUGCAAACAUGCUUUCUGCUGGUACUGUCUUGAAUCUCUGGAUGAUGACUUCCUUUUGAUACAUUAUGACAAAGGACCUUGCCGUAACAAACUUGGCCACUCCAGAGCAUCUGUAAUCUGGCACAGAACGCAAGUUGUGGGAAUCUUUGCAGGCUUUGGCCUGCUCCUGUUGGUGGCGUCUCCAUUCCUACUCCUUGCCACGCCAUUCGUCCUCUGCUGCAAAUGUAAAUGCAGCAAAGGAGACGAUGACCCACUGCCUACUUAAGAGAGUGCCAGACGGCAGUAAAUCAAUUAUUUUUUUUUGUGUUCAGAGCGCUUUCUUUCUAGUUCAACGGCACUGUCCUGGGUUUAUCUGAACCAUCCUGCUUUUCAGUGUUGUUCUGGCGCCCUGAGUCUUGGGAGACCACGGAGCUGUCAUAGACACCCCCCUCUCCCCCACCCCCACGCUGAGGGAGUCGGUGUGAAGGUAGGGCCGCACCGAGGCCAUGCAGCUGCGCUGUGGUCUGCAAGGCCGGUACUAUGGCCGUGGCCCUUCAGAUGAGGCAAUGCCUGUUGCAAGAGAAGCACAGAUAGCUAGUUGUUUUCAAGCUGAGGGGGUGCAAAACAAUUUCAUCUUUUUCAAAACAAUGCCAUCGCUGUUCAAUUAAAUAGAUUUCUGGGCAUUCUGUCAUGUUGUAUUGUGUUCAAAUGUCAUAUUUUUCCAUGUAAAGCCUAGAAUUUCUGAAUCUUGGUCUGUGAUCUAACCCAUCAAAACAACACUACAUCUAUACAGAAAGCGUGCUACACUGUUCAUUGAUAUGCAAGCCAUUUUAUUCCCUUCACCAGCGCUAUUCACAAAUUUGGGAAUUUUGUUGCUUGAACACUCUUAACCCUUUACUCUGGGGAUGUGGUUUAGUGUCUUUUUCAGUUUUAAUUAUUAUGCUUAGUCUGCUUGAUGCCUGCUGGUGCUCACUGCCUUUUCAAUAACGCAUUACAAAUUCAAUGAGCAAAACCAAGAGUCAACUCUCUGUGAAACCUAACCCGUCAGUAAUUCUGGCCAACACAUUGUGUUUUUUCUUAAGUUCAAAUGAACUACUUCCAAAAUAACUGCUUCAGUGUUUUUCUGCGACAACUAUUUUGUACAAUUUAUUUUGAUAGAAUUUCACAUAGAGAAAUAAGAUUUGUUGUUUUCAUUGAUAGCAUUAAUAGCAUUUAAAGUACAGCUUCAUUCUGAAGGCAUUGAAUAAAUCCCUCAGAGGAAAGGGAAAAUGCACACCACCAAAUUGCCAUGGAGGUUUCUAAGCCAUUAGUGAAGAGCAGAUUUGCACUGGAGAACAAAGCAUAGGGAAUAUUGGUGACUAUGAAGCAACAGUGCAACACCUUGGUGUACCACCUACACACACAAACCCCUCAUCACGGUUCAUCUCAUCUUCAGAUACACGAUGUAGAAUUUAUGACAGUUCUCUGACACAGGGCUAAAUUGUUGUAAAUAACUUCCUACUUUUUAAUUUCCUGCAGAUAUAUUUGCCAUUGAACUCAGUAAUUUGUGUUGGAAUUAAAUGUACAGAACUGUUUACUAGGGUCCUUAUUUGAAAAACAAAAAACACAUGAGAAACAUAACUGAAGUCAUAUCAGAAUAGGGAAGAAUUUUGAAUGGUUAAGUAUACCAGUGUAUUUGACUAUUCAAAUAAAUUCCUUUUUUUACCCUCUUUAGUUUCACAGAAUAAUUACCACUUUACACAGAGUGGUCCAUCUUGCUUUUAAUGGUGAAGUUUUAUUUAAAAAAAAAUUGGAAUCGUAUCAUUUGAUAUUUGACUGCUGAAAAUUACUCUUUAAUUGGAGACAGCUAAAUAAAUCAUUUUGUAAGGUGGUUUGUGUUCUGUUAUAAAAAUAGCAUCUAAUUCUGUGUGGGUUAAUUUAGACACGGGUUUUAAAAAAGUAAGAAUUCUUAGAUUUGUUUCCCAAAAACAUUUCUAAACUAAAAUGACUGUUCGUGUUACUGUAAACUAUGUUAAAUGGCAUAUUGGGACCAAGUCAAAGAUAAAAUUAACAAUAGAUGCAAUUCAGAAUUAAUUCAGUUAAAUCAGGUUUUGUUGGCAUAAAUUAUAUGCAAAACUAUGCGCAUACCUUUGAACAGGUUAUACGAUACUUGAUAGAAAAAGCAACAGCGGAAUCUUGCUCCUUCCCACCUCAGAUUCUAGUGACUUGCUGUAUCAAAUCUGAUCUAAAUGACCUUGGUCUUAGCCAACGGAGACUUUCGCUCACCUACUGUGUAAAAUGUCCAUGGCUGCAGCUCUCCUGGAUCAUGACAGUCGUUUAUUUAGAAGUAUUUAUCAAUAUUUAAUUUAGUCUUUAGCUCACGGAAACUUGUUUGGCAAAUACUGAAGGCACUACCCCAUGUAAGGACAAACAUAUUCUUCUUAUAUACAGUAUAUACUGAAAUGCUGUGCAGUGAUACUGUUUGUGUAUACUGAUGUUGCAAAAGACCACUGAAGAACAAAAUUAAAAUGGAAGCAGGGAUAGAGAAUGCAUAGAAGUGCAUAAACACUUUUACCAUCUUAAUAUGAUUGAUGAUUUCAUUGCAAAUCAGUUGUUUGGAGUUAUUGUUGAACCUUAGCUUCCGUCCCAAAAUUGCUUGAUGAGAUCUUGGAUCACUUAACCGUUCUCAUUUGUAACUGUUUUUCUGAGUUUCAAUAAGAUGACUGCAGCUGAGUCUUGAAGGAGAAUUGUUCAAGACUCCUGUAUCCUACAAAUAGAAACACUUUAUGAGUGUUUUAAACAGCCAAUGUGUUGGUUUGUAGUUUGAAUAUAGCCUUGUAGCUUAAAUCUUGCUGGUUUAAAAAAAAUAUUCUGGAUUUUGACAUUUUAGAAAUGUAAUGGAAAUCCUGCAUGUCUCAGUGCACCUUUAAAGCUAUACUUUCCUCUUCAUGGUUGAUUUUCUAGUGCAUUUUGAAGUGUAUGUCACUUCAAGGGUGUGGCACAGUGGAACAUUUCUGUGCUGGAGCCUGGGUUUAAUUCUACACUCCUAAGACAUACUGACAGGUUAAAUGGCUUCAGGGAAAAUUGGCCCUGGUGUGAGUGUGUGCAUGUUUGUAUCUGUAUCUGCCCUGUGAUGGACUGGUGUACGUCGUCAUGACCUCUUAGGAUUUAUUAGGAGUUAUUUCUGUAUAUAUAUAUUUUUUGUGAGAAAAGGCAGUACCAGAAAUAGAACUAAUUUAGAGCUCUGUUUUAUAGAUUGCAAGUUUCAGUCUAGGCUAUGCAAUGAGAAGCUGUGUGAGAAGCUCUGUGGCCGAGGAGUAGCAGAACGCAGCACGCCAGGUGACACAGCUGACAUUGCGGAACCUUGUGCGUCAUAGGAUUUGAACAGGAUUCCUAGACAUGCCAUGUAGCAGAGUCCACACACAGUGUGUUUUGCUGUGUGUGAACUUACACUGCUGUCAAGAAGAGCUGUUAGUUCCUUAAUUUGAUGCUAACUGCCUUACAGUGGGACUCACAAAAAGAAUAAGACACAAAUGGCUCCUGCUCCUUGACACAAAUGUUGGAGAGCCUAAGAACUUUUGCAGACUGAAAUAGGCCAUGUAACUCGUUUGAUUUUUAGAAGCUAAGUGAUCUGAAUAUGUCGACCAGGUGUUUCUUGAAGGAAGCCUGCAUAUCAGCUUGAAAAAUAUUGCUGGGUAAUGUGUUCCACCAACACUUUCUGUUUUGUGCACUCCUGUUACAGUUUCAAAGGAAUGGUCUGAUGUGCACUAGGUGAAGGCUUGUAUGUUCCUCACUUAUCCCACUGCUUGUGUCAAGACUAUGGCAGUGAUGUUGAGCUAACUCAAAUUGACACUGGCAAUUUCAAAUUCAGAGGAAGUUCAAAAUAUUAGGUGACGUCAAAUUACAGAUGGGGAAAAAAUGAAUGUCCUCUGAAUAUUGGUUUGUAAAAAUAUUCACCAAGAAAUGGAAAUACACAAGCUGUUAAUCAAAAGAUACUUACAGAAUCCCUUUCUUUUCUGGUAAUUGUAGUUGGAGUUGCUCUUUUGAAUCAAUGUCUUACAUGUCUGAUUUUUAUGCCAAUCAAAUAUUUAGGCUUACCUAAACCACUGCAUAGCUUCCAAGGUGUGAAUAGAUAAAACGCUGGAAGCAAUCUGGCUCAAGAUGGUUAACAUGUAUGUUUCACAGUUAUUGAUCUGUAUAUAAUUUUGUAAAUACUUUGGUGUCUGUAAGAGACCAGUUAUUUUCAUCUAAAUGUUCUACAGUCCUCCAAUAUUGGUUAAAUACACCUGUGACAUGAGCAUAAAUGUGCAUAUAUUUAUGCUUACAGACCUUGCCUGAACUAUUGGGUAUUUUAUCUUCAUGUUCCAAUAUGCCCUUUAAGCUUCAUCACAAAAUCUAUGCACAUUUGUACAGACUUGCAGAAUAAUAUCUGAUGCCUGAUACUGGAGACAUUAUGGAAACUCUUGUGUUUCUAGACUUCAUAAAGCAUAGGUUUACAUAUAAUUGACAUUUUACAUAUCAGGGACAAGGAUCAUAAUUUCAGUUUAGAGUUUAAUCAGGUUAAAUAUCUUGGCUUCUGUUAGUCUAGAAAAAUCCAAAGAAACAGAGCCUAAAGUGAAUUGUGCCUGAGAUGAAACCUUUUUUUUUAAAUGUAAUUACUUUUUUUAAUGGAAUAUGUAGCACCCAUCAGGGACAUCUUUUUAGUGUACUGUAGAUUCAUCAGUACACGUGGCAGUGCACAGGUGACUUGGAAAUUGAUUGACAUGAUAUUUAGCAUUAUUGAAUACCUUUACAUGUUUAAGAAACGUAUCCAAGACCAGCUGAUCAUAUAAAACCAUCAGUGUAUACUGUAUAACAUCCAGUGUGAUUUGCUGAUCUUUGAUCUAAUUUUAGAGAUGGGAGCUACUGUACAUGUCAUUUUGAGGAUUCUUAGCAAAAAAUUAACAGUUUGCAUGGUGAGUGAAAAUUAUGGCUUUUGUGUGUGAAAAACCUGUAUUCAGACUGAAAAUAUUGUACAGUCCAAUGCAUUGUUUCCUUUUUAUUUUUACAGUUAUAUUAAUAAAGUGAUAUUUUUUAUUAAAUUACCUAUAUAAUUAAUUAUCUCCAAAUACAUUUACAGACCUUUUAAUGAACUGCUAAAUCGGUUAUUUACUGUCCAUACUCUUCUCUUGUUAUUAUUGUUCUCAUUAACAUAAAAGGUCCCUAGAGAUGUUACUUGCUAAUGAAACUGUUGCAUUUUUUACAGUGAAGCUGCUUCAACAUUGUUAGUUUUCUAGCUUAGUAAAAUUGUUUUAUGAACAUUGAAACUUUAUUUUUUUAUAAAAAUGUUUGUUUACCAGUAUUUACAUCAUCCAUUUUUCACCGUGCACUGACUUGUGUCUACAUUGUCCUUUAUAAUGAUAUAGGAUCUCCUGUCUGGGAUGCAAAAACAAAUGUAGACCUCAGACCCUUGUGUAAUAUGAUGAAAAGACUUGUUCUAAUCUAGUUUAAAUUACAGUUAGAACUGAACAUUCCUUAUGUGGUAUGCCAUCAAACAUUUUGGCUGUGUUAGAUUGGAAAACUGUGAUAAAGGUUUAUACAUUUUGAAAGAUUUAAAACCCACAUAUUUGGUUAAUAGUUUAUACUGUUUAUUUGUUUUUUACCCCAGGAAUGUUAUAAUGAAGUGCACUGCUCUUGAACACUACGAAGGUUUAAGGGUAUAGUGAUCAUUAAGCAGAGAUGUUUCUGGUUUUAUUCUCUUUCUUGGAUCAAAAUGUGAGGAAGUCAUCCAGUCAGCCAUUGACAUGCCAUGAAUAAUGCACUGCACUAGGAUUUACACUGUAGCCAUCUGCAUACAUAUAAUAAUGUAGGCCUUAACUUUCAGGUACCUCAUUUGCAAAUGUUAAGCAUAUAAACUCCUUCCUGUAGCAUCUAACAAUAUUUUGUAAUUGAGCUACAAGAACUUGUUUGUUAUAUGUGUGUCACUCUUUGCACUUUGUUGCUUUUGCAAAUUUGUUAUACACACAGUUUUUUAGGCGCUUUAAAUUGUUUAGUGUUAUUUAAUGCAGGUGAAAGAUACCUAACGUCUGUGUUUGUGCCAUGUAUACAGCUGGUUUCUUACAUCUAACGAAGAUAGUGGGGAUUAACUUUCCCACUUUAGAAUGAUUUGUUUAUGUGCUACGUCUGUAAUGUUUACUUUUUUUUAUUUAAUGGUCUGAAAAUCAGAAAAUUGUACUACAAUUAAAUUUAAACAUUGUGGUGUGUGGAAUCUACAGGUAUGUCAAUUUCACAUGUACAUUUUGUUUUAUUUCCUUGUUGGUAUUUUAUUAAUGGACAUAUACAGGGGCUUCUUAAAACAUCUUAAUUUUCCCGGUUCCUGUUCUGUAAACUCAAAAUAGAUUCCAUUGACCAGCUUGCAUUGUCUCAGUGCGAAAAUUUGCAAACAUAGCUCAGACAUGGCCUCAGUUCUGCCUUAUGCCAGUUAUAAUUUUGUCAGACUUUCUAUACCUGUAUAGGCAUUGUUUGAUUCUGUCAACUGCAAUUUAGAAACAGCUUUAGGCAAAAUAUAUAUUUUAUAACAGUAAGCCUGCUUAUUCAUUAUUAUUAUUGAACGGAUAAUAUUGAACUAUCAUUAAGAUUUAUUAAAUAGCUCAUUCAGCUGAGGGAACAGCUGAGAUGGGUGGAUUCCUAAAGUUCCUAAUUUGAAUAAUUAAAUAAUUGGGUUUCAUAGUUUAUAUUUUAUCCAUUGAUCAAGUUCUGUGAGACAGAAUAACACCUUUUUUUCCUUGAAGGAAUUUGAAUACAUAUAAUAAGCUGUUUUGAUCUAUAAACUAGUAUAUUGUGAUUGUGUUGUGCCACAGAUGCAAUUUGAGUUUACAAAAUAAAAAUUGCUCAUCUGUCACUCAGUAAUAAGUCUGAUUAAGUUUUGUAGUUUGACGCUGGGGAUAAACUAUUAACAGUGUUGUUUCUUAAACUGGAACAAGGAGAAAAGAGAUGUUGAAUUAAUUCAGAUUUUACAUAUGCAAACAUAUCAAAAUUAAAGUGGAUUUUGCAGAGCAUCAUUCGAGAUUAGGAGGUAUAACCAUAAACUGGUAUACAUUUUGUUUUCCAUUUACACCAAAACUAACAUGUUUUGUUUCUGAUUCAUGAAAAACCUUAAUGUAUACUGCAAGCUGCCUAGGCUUUGUGUAUCAGUUACAUGACUAUUUCUUGAUAUGUGAGAUUUCAGAACCACAUUUUUUGUAAAAGCAACAUCUCCUGAAACAAGUGCAUAAUGGUAUUUUAGGCUGCCAGGCCCACACAAUGUAAACCUUGGAAUUUACAAUGUACUCAGAAAGCAAUGUAAAUUAUCCUAAAAGUUAAUUUGCCUUUGAUGUAUGCCAUCAUUUUUAAACUUUUAUUAUGUUGUUGUUUUUAUAGAAAAUAAUUGUAUUUCUAUUUGCUGUAUAUGGAACAGAGUUAUAAAUGUGCAAUUAUAACCUUGUAUAUUGGCAUGCAUCAGUAGUCUUGUACAUAGCAAACUUUAGUUUGUUUCCCUUAAAUGUAUUUAAGUGUUCUAUAGUGCCCCUAACACUGUGAUAUUAAAUAAAAACAAGCA